GAAGCUUUGCGCUUUGGCAGGAAUAUCGUGAAACCAGAAUUUUUGGCGGAACAGAAACCUUCGUCUCUCGAAAGUGUUGCGAAGAUGUCAAUAAUUUCUGCCAAGGGUAUUUUGGAUGUCGAUGUUGCCGUGGAAGCAUUCCGGAGUAUCACCAUUGGACGAGUGACGGAAGCAUUGGACGAACUUGAAUGUCGUAAAAUGGCUGGCAUGGCACCCGAAGUGGCGUGGAAUUCGAUUGCCGUGCGACUUGUGGCUGCUGCUGAAUCAUACGCUAGGCAUUUCGUUGUCAAAACAUUCGUACAAGGCGUCGAAAGGGCUCAACUCUCUGCCGGAGGAGCUCGAAUUUUGCAGUCUUUGUGUCGAUUAUACGCAGCGUUUUGGAUCCGAGAGAACAGUGGGGAUUUCUUGAGAUAUUCCGGGUUUGAUCGCACCGACCUUCUGGAAGUGGACAGAUGCGUUGAG